GGGUCCUGUCUGUCUGCGCAUGUCCGACAGAUGCUGCUUUAGCAGACAGCAGCACGAAGAGCUGACCCGCUGAUUACAACCUUUAUCAACGUUAUGUCGCCACAAAAUGAAGUUUCCUUGCUUAGAAACUCCUGAGGAUAUGGUGAGGAAAAGGUGUCCUGUGCUGCAUUAGCUGAAGAGUGACAUGCUGGCCCGUCUGCCAGCAUCAGUUAAGCCUACCAUCAGACUUCUUUCCCGCACGCAGAUGAACACUGGACCUCCAAAAUGGGAAACUACACAGAAAAUGAGAUCUGCCAGCUAUCCAACCCCAGCAGAGUUGGAUGCCUAUGCUAAGAAAGUUGCCAACAACCCUUUGACCAUCCAGAUCUUCCCAAGCAGUGUCAAAGUACCUCAGAAGAAGCACAUUCGCCGCACAGUCAACGGGCUUGACACAUCCUUGUCCAACCAACGCCAGAGUUCCUACUCCUCUCAGGUCGGCACCAGUGGGGGGCUCCUGGCUGUCCUCCGUGCACCUGUCAAAGAGUCAGACGCUAGCCAUACCCGGCAACUACAUAAUUCAGUCAUGAAUCCUCACAGUGGGCCCUAUGCCACUGAAAGCACUUUAAACCAUCCUCAGCCUGCUCCUCAGCUACAGGGUCCAUCUCAGUCUGCACCCCAGAAGCAGGGCUUAACUCACCCACAAGCACUACAGCAACAGCAUCGUAUGACUCAUCCAAUGGCUUUACAGCAGCCUCACCCACAAGCUUUGCAGCAAAGGAACAUGGCUCGUUCACAAGCGAUCCAGCAGCAGCAGAGCUUGUCCCAGAUUCAGACACCACAGCAGCAAAUACUGGCUCAUCCACAAGGUAUGCAGAGACAGCAGAGCCUGCCUCACACCCAGGCUCUGCAGCAGCCGCCACAGCAGGGGCAGUCGUGUUCAUCCGUUGUACCACAGCAGCAUCUUUCACAUCUACAGUCACUAAAGCAUCAGGUGGCUCCUCCACAAGCUUUACUUUCACAACAAGGAGUGACUCAGGAUCUGCAACGCAUGUCUGAUGGACCUCAGCUUCCAAGCCUGCAGCACACCCAGGGGCUGGUUGGGUCACAGGCCCUUCCACAGCCUGUUGCUGCAGGCCCUCCUACCAUACCUAAUUGCCCCCAGCAACCCAGACUUGGACCUUAUGGGCCUCAGAAGCUCCCUGACCCAGAUGCCCCACCAAAUAUAACUGUAUCUACCUCCACCAUCCCACUGUCCAUGGCAACCAGUCUGCAUCAGAACCGGCCUGGUGACCUGAGUGUUAUUGUGCACCAAAUCAACCAACUGUGCCAGGCUCGGGCUGGUAUGGGCACCACCUCAGUCUGUGAGGGACAGAUUGCAAAUCCCAGCCCCAUCAGCCGCAACCUGCUUAUCAAUGCCAGCUCAAGGGUGUCCUCUCACCACCCAGCUCUGGGCAAUGUACCCAGCGCCGUCAUGGUGGGACCACCAGACAAAGCUGCAGCUCAAGCUCCCAGUGUUGCUCUCAGUUCACAGCCUAGUAUAGCUGCUGCUAAUAGUAUGUCUGCCUUUCACACCAACCCUGAGAAGGUGCAGCAGCUUCACCAACAUGUACAUCAGCAGAAACAGCAGCAGCAGCAACAUUUCCAACAGCUGCAGCAGCUGCAGCAGCAGCGCUCCUGGGCCCAGCAUCAGUUAUCCCACAUGCAGCAGCAUCCUGAGGGGGCCAAUCCCUGCAAGAACCCAAGGAUGGAGCCAACAGCUGAGUGUGCUUUCCCCUCCAGAAACCUCACCUACAGCCACAAGCUACCAAACACUGUACAAAGCUUUCCCUUAAAUCAUCCUGCAGAAAAGCCACAACCUUCAUCCCCUGUUAAAUGUCAAGCAGGUUCUAUGCCUUACAUUAAUGGCCACUACAUGAAGCCACCGUGGAGCAGCGUCCCACCCACAGCAGGAAACAAUAGAUCUGGCACUCAGGACCUCUCAAUGGCUUUCCAGGGAGGGCAGGCUGCUGCCACCAGAGACCGAAUCCCAGGGGCAAAGUACAGGCCCGGGAAAGAGGGUCCUAAUGACCAGUCAGAGUUAAUGCAGAAUUUCUUAGGAGGGGACUUCCAGAUGUCCAAUUUUCAGGAGCAGAAUGUGGAUACGAUGGGGAAUAUACACAGAUCUGCCAGAGGCCAGGUUCAGGAACCUGGCAGCAGCAGCGCGGUCCAUGCUCAUCGCCCACGCUACUGUUAAAAGUGUGCGUUUAUGCCCAUGUGGCUUUGGUUUUUGUCAACCGCUGCUUUCAGCUUCUGUAUUUUACUCCUUCAAAUCUUUCAAGUGAGCAUUUAAAUUGCUUUAGAGCUCGAUUUGGAGACCCACCUGGUGUGAUGUUUCAAAGUAUUCCUCAGGUCUUAAGCCAUGUCGUACUUUUGUUGCAGAAGAAGGAUUUUUGAGCUUGAUGUCCACAUUCUUUGGCACAGAUGUGCUGCUGUUUGUUCAUAUAUCUGUGGUGUUCACAAAUGUUCGUCUGCAGCUCAGAGUAUGCCUGUAUCAUGAUUGUCACAGUGCUUUUCAUAGGUUGACAUGGAACAACUCAACUUUUAUUAGCAUUUGUGGCCUUAGAACUGCCCAAAGGCGAGCUAGAAUAGGAUCUCCUUGUGUAAUGUUUUUAUUUACAAUUAUUUAUGUCCCAACAGCUUUGAAUGGGGGUUACUUGUAUAUGCAAUUAUUAGGACUGUUGAUAGACUUGUAGUCCCAGGGGCUCAUUCCCAUAGCUGCAGUGUACAUUAAGGGGCCACGGCUCAUCUAUCAGGAAUACAAACAUGGCUUCUGAAUGGCAUUUUGCUGCUCCAGGUCAUUUUUGCAUUGUGGAUUAAGAUGAUGUGCAUGUUGGUUUAAAAGCCAGCACUAGCAAAAAAAACCCCUCCAUUUCUGAGAUUCUUAUAGUUUUAAAGCGCCCCCUGGUGAGAGAGUUGCUUUUAAGUAGUUAUUUUGUUACUUUUUUUUUUUUUUUUUUCAUCGUUGUUGCAUCUCUGAACAUUCUUACUUGAAUUGUAGAAUUUUCUUUUAAAUUUCAUGCUUAACAUUUGGAAAAAGGGGCAGAAACUGCCCCCACCCUGGGUUUAACUUUAGCUAAUAGCAUCCAUUAUUUAAACUGUGUUUGUAUGUGGAAAGUAAACUGAUCACGUGGGUGCAUGCAGACACUUUGGAUCAUGCAAAAAUGUGUCCCUUCCCCUUCAGCACACGUUCUCACCAUUUUACUACUGUGACGCAGGUGAACUGUGAUGUGGAUGUUGUUCCUCUGCUGUGGGGCUUGUGGUAAGGUGUUCAUCUACUAAUCACUGGCCUUACUGUGUCGUGUUUCUGUGACCUACAAGGAAAGAAAUGAGAACGUGUAAUGCAGGUUAUGUUUUAUUAGAUGUAUCAUAGUUAAUGUUGUCUGGGCUUGUGUUGCUGUACUAUCCUCGAGCCUUCUGAAAAAGCCUUAAAUGACACACUGGUUAUAAUCUAUAACAGUUUCUUUGCCAGGAUCUUGGUGUGUGUGUGUGUGUGUGUGUGUGUGUGUGUGUGUGUGUGUGUGUGUGUGUGUGUGUGUGUGUGGCUUCAUUGUGAGGAAAAGGUUUGUUAGUUUUUCUUUUCCCUGAUUUAUUUUUUUUUUGCUGUUCAAUCUCAUGUUUGAGCGUUUGGGUAGUGUUUACAUGUACAGGCAGUAGGAGUGGAUUAUGUUGCCUUAAGGUAAUAAUGCUACUCAUCCCCUUCUCUGAAUCACCCAUCCUACUGUCUGAAAUGUUGCCCAUCCAUCAAGGAUUUAAGAUGAUGAUGAUGAUAGAGAAAACAGUAAAUGAUUUCAUAGGUAUUUAGAAUGGGGAUGUAGCAGUUAUUUUUAAGCUAUUUGAACUGUGUUUUUAGUUGUUACACUUAAUAAAUAUCUUAUACACUCUUUAUUUUUUGGACCACUGCAUCCUGAAGCCAUAGGUGUUUUCACAUUAGGUGCCAUAGGUGACCCACACGAUGCAGACGAUAGGUUUGCAUCCACGCUUUAAUGUCUUUCAAACAGCAGGCUCUUUUUUCUGACUGAACUUUCUCAGAACAUCCUGCCGAUCAAAAGGGAGAAAGAAUUACGAAAUGAGAAAUCUUCUUCAAAGUGACGGCUUUCGUGCAAGCUGGAGCUUUGCUGGAGUUUGGUCUUUAUACUUGAUGGCAGUUUAUUUUUAUUUUUUCCUGGCUCUCAUUUUUGAUGUGCCUGCCCCUUGAAGCUGCUAUUAAAUUAAAGUGUGUGUGUGAGAAUGGUGAUUGAUAUAUGGGCUGUAUCAGUGAAAUAAGUUCCUAUUUAUUUGAUGGGUGAAAGUUGUCACCAGUCAAAUGCAGGUAUAUUUGGCUGUUUGUAUGUCUUACGAGCCAAAUUUGGAGAAGAGAAGAUUAAUAAUUAAAGCUGACCAGUAUUCAAAGUGGCAGAGUGAAGUCUGACCCACUGUGGCCUAAAGACCUUCCAAGCCUGUUUGGGUUUCUUGAACAUUUAGUCGACUGGGUGAAGACACUAAAGGAUUGGACAGACCGCCCUGUUCAUGCUGAACUGCCUCAUUACAGCCCGCCACAGUCAGGUUCUACAGUUCUGCAGUUUCAUAUGAAGUGCCUCCACUGGGUGUCGUACGGAGAAAUGUGUGAAUGGGUGCUUGCAUGUAUGUUAAGCUUGGGUACUUGCACACAGGUGUGCAUGCUGGCAGAGGUGCACAUAGUUGAUCUCUGAUGGGGGACCAAGCUGCUUAGUAUAACUACUGAUACUGUGUUAUGGACUGAAGUCCUGAAGCGUGCCACGAUUCUCAAACACUGUCGGGAUGUGUGAACUGUUUGCUGCUGACUCACUGACCAAAGUGACCAAGAGUCCCUCUCUAACCACCCCGGCUGAAAGCGUUCAGAGGCUCGUUAAUGAGCAGCAUCCUGGGAACACGGAGAGCUGCUGCCCUCUGCUGGGCAGUGAAAGAAAGUCUUGUGAAGUAAAAGUAACAUGAAAUGAGCAUUUGAAAAAAAAUCUAGAGUGAGUAGUUUGUUUCUGCAGAGUGCACCCAAAGAUUCUGUUGUUUUGGUUUUAACCACAAAUCUGGUUUCACAGUGAUAAAUUACAGAACCUGUUCUCCACAGAACGUCAGACUCUCCAAGAAUCACGUCUGCUUAAGCAUGUUGUAGCUCAGUGUGUCCGUCAUCUUCAGUGGUAUUUAUCGGGCACAGGCAUCUAACAACUCUCUCUAGAUUUUUUUUUUUUUUCCUCUUUACUGAUUUAUUUAAUCGUCUUUGGUCCUCAGAGGCGUGUUGUGAAUGGUGGUGGAGGGGGCUUUGUUUCUCUACUUUGAAAAUGUGAUAUUCCAGUUUUGCCUAACCUUCAGGAAUAAAAAUGUCUUGCACAAACAUUCCCCUAACCAAAAUAAAGUUU